UCCGCCCCAAAACUUCUGGAAGCUCAGGACACGGACACAUAACUCUCUCUCUCUCUCUCUCUCUCUCUAAACUUCGAAGCUCAGCUGAACUGACCACCCGACAAUGGCGCUCUCCCUCACCAUCUCAAGGCUCAUCUCCUCCCCGGCCGCCGCAGCCGCAACCACCACCGCGGUCUCCCGCCCUCUCCUCCCCCCGAAAUCCCUCUCCUCCGCUCACCCCCUCUCUCUCCCCUUCAAGCUCCGCGCCACCCGCCGCGCUGCCCCCGGUCCCCUCCGGCUCUACUCCACCACCGCCACUUCACGCCCCGUCUCCGCCACCAUCUCCGUCGGCGACAAGCUCCCCGAGGCCACCCUCUCCCACUUCGACUCCGCCGGCGAGCUCCAGACCACCACCGUCUCCGACCUCACCAAGGGCAAGAAGUCCAUCCUCUUCGCCGUCCCCGGUGCGUUCACCCCCACCUGCUCGCAGAAACACCUCCCCGGGUUCGUGGAGAAGUCCUCCGAGCUCAAGGCCAAGGGAGUCGACACCAUCGCCUGCAUCUCGGUCAACGAUGCCUUCGUCAUGCGCGCGUGGAAGGAGAACCUCGAGAUCAACGACGAGGUGCUCCUGUUAUCUGACGGAAAUGGGGAGUUCACAAAGGCAAUUGGGUGCGAGCUCGACUUGAGUGAUAAGCCCGUGGGACUCGGAGUCAGGUCGAGGCGGUAUGCUCUCUUAGCCGAAGACGGGGUCGUGAAGGUUCUCAAUUUGGAGGAGGGCGGGGCUUUCACCUUCAGUGGAGCUGAGGAUAUGCUUAAAGUUCUUUAAAACCUCAGUCCGCGUCCUUUUGACUGUUACAGAGAUUUUUCCUGCUCUCGAGUGAGUUAGCGACUCGGUAGUAUGGCUAAUAAGAAUGUGAAACCAGGCAUAUGGUACUGUUCCAUUCAAUGGUGCAGCUGUCUCAAAUGGUUGUUGGAGGCCUUGCCCUUUUUUUGCUGUGAUGAGUUUCUGCCUUCCUGUGGCUUUGUCUCUGGUGCACUAGUUUCUUGCAAUGGAUUCUUCAUGCUGAAUCCACGCCGUGGUCACUGUUGAUAUUUCCCAACAAACAUGGUUGAUUGCUGGCCAAGGCAUUUCUUAGAUUUGUAAUGGUUGAAUCUCUUCUUCUUCUGGUGGUGAUAUUUCGGAUUGCAUCUUCUAACA